ACGUGUGUAAUCUCCCAAAAAGGACAAGUGUUUUUCCCCAUAAAUAUCGAAACUUUAAACAUAAAUCGACAAAAAUUCGGCGGGUAAAAAAUGUCUCCGACGAUCUUAUGCUUUUCCGGUGUGACGGUGCCGGCGAUUCCGUCAUCAGGUUUCGUCUCCGGAAACACUUGUCUCCGAUUGAUAGACACACGAUGUAGUACGAUGAGAGAACUUAAGCAAAUCCACGCCAAUCUCAUCAAAACCGGUUUAAUUUCCGAUACUGUUGCUGCGAGUCGUGUCCUCGCCUUCUGCUGUGCGUCUCCGUCAGAUAGGAAUUACGCUUAUUUGGUAUUCACAAGGAUCAAUCACAAAAACCCAUUUGUGUGGAACACUAUAAUCCGUGGUUUCUCACGUAGCUCGUUUCCGGAGAUGGCGAUUUCGAUUUUCAUUGAUAUGUUGUGUUCUUCUCCGUCUGUGAAGCCGCAGAGGCUGACUUAUCCUUCGGUAUUUAAAGCUUAUGCUAGUCUUGGGCUAGCUCGUGAUGGGAGGCAGUUGCACGGGAGGGUUAUUAAAGAAGGACUUGAAGACGACUCUUUCAUACGGAAUACGAUGUUGCAUAUGUACGUGACUUGUGGGUGUUUGGUUGAAGCUUGGAGACUCUUUGUGGGGAUGAUGGGUUUUGAUGUUGUUGCUUGGAAUUCGAUAAUUAUGGGUCUUGCUAAAUGCGGGUUGAUUGAUCAGGCGCAGAAACUGUUUGAUGAAAUGCCGCAGAGGAAUGGAGUUUCUUGGAAUUCGAUGAUCAGUGGGUUUGUGAGGAAUGGUAGAUUUAAGGAUGCGUUGGAGAUGUUUCGAGAAAUGCAGGAGAGAGAUGUGAAACCUGAUGGGUUUACAAUGGUGAGUCUGUUGAAUGCUUGUGCGUACCUUGGAGCAAGUGAGCAAGGGAGAUGGAUACAUAAGUAUAUAGUGAGGAAUCGAUUUGAAUUGAAUAGUAUAGUUAUUACAGCACUCAUAGAUAUGUACUGUAAGUGUGGGUGCUUUGAGGAAGGUUUAAAGGUGUUUGAGUGUGCUCCUACGAAGCAGUUAUCGUGUUGGAAUUCGAUGAUUCUUGGUCUAGCUAAUAAUGGAUGCGAGGAAAGGGCCAUGGAUUUGUUCUUGGAGUUAGAGCGUACUGGCUUGGAGCCAGAUUCAGUCAGCUUCAUCGGUGUUUUAACAGCUUGUGCUCAUUCCGGGGAAGUACAUAAAGCUGGUGAAUUUUUCAGAUUGAUGAGAGAAAAAUAUAUGAUUGAGCCAUCAAUAAAACACUAUACUUGCAUGGUUAAUGUGCUGGGGGGAGCAGGGCUCCUCGAUGAAGCAGAAGCAUUGAUAAAGAAGAUGCCGGUGGAAGGAGACACUAUUAUAUGGAGUUCUUUGCUUGCAGCUUGCAGGAAAAACGGUAAUGUUGAGAUGGCUAAACGCGCAGCAAACUGUUUGAAGAAUCUGGAUCCAGAUGAAACUUGUGGUUAUGUGCUCAUGUCUAAUGCUUAUGCUUCUUAUGGCUUGUUCGAAGAGGCUGUUGAGCAGAGGCUUUUGAUGAAGGAAAGACAAAUGGAGAAAGAAGUUGGCUGCAGUUCGAUUGAAGUGGAUUUUGAAGUUCAUGAGUUUGUAUCUUGUGGGAAAAAACAUCCUAAAUCCACAGAGAUUUACAGUUUACUUGGUAUCUUAAACUGGGAUGUCUCUACAAUUAAAUCAGGUUUCGCUUAAUUGUUUGAUGCUACAACUAGGAUUGGUUUCACUUAUCUGGCAGAGAAAUAAGCAAUUUCAUAGUUUUGGUCCUUUUGGAGAUGUAACGGAAGAUAUCAUUUUAGGUUUCUUCCAGGUCAAGCUAUCUGAGCAGCACUAUAAGCCAGGUAUGUGAAUACAAGACCCCACAAGAAGCUUCCUAGGUUUGGAGUUGCAGUUCUUUUUACUGAAGAAGUCAGUGGGUAUGGACCAGUGCUGACAUUGAUUUAUAUAAAUUAUUUACUGUGUUUUUCUUCCUUAAGAUUAACAAAAUGAAAAAAAUAAAAUGAAUCUUGUGCGCACCUGUUAGAUGGAAACUUACACGUUGGAGUGCCUGCAAUCAAAGUUCACAGAUAUAAGAAGAAGAACAAUCACAAAUUGAAGAUGACUGUGAAAAAUCAGUUCUGACGUGCAGACACUAUCACAAUGGAACUCUAGUGAUUUUGAGUUUUAUUUUUUCGAAAGUGAAGUGUUUGGAAUUACUUGGAUCUUGAAUUGUAAGCACAGCAGCGCCACCGAAAUCGCAGUUUCUCGGUAUAGGAUUCUUCUGGUAAUAGUCAUUGAAGACAUAAGAAGCUCGGCUUCUGUAAUAGUCGAGGUCUUGACAACGGCCACCCUUUGCCAAUGGAAAGCGUCAUCUUUCAAAAGAAAACUUCAUCGAGAAUGUUUAUUUGGAAAUGCAGAAGUUAUUGAUCCAAAUCCAGAAAAGUCGUUUGGAAGUCCGUCUACAUGUGCUUGAAGGUACAAACUACAGAGGAAGAUAAGCUUCAGUUUUAACCAAACUUAUAGUUCUCUCUACCUACAGAAACAUUGAUCUUUGAUUCCAAGGCCCCCAAGAGUAGAUAUCAGAAGCCGAGUUUCCAUUAGUGAGCAGAUUUUGAGGCAGUCCAUGAAUGUCAUCUAAAGGACGGGAUCUUCC